AUGGGCGUCGAGAAGCGGAUUUUGACCCCCGGCAACGGCACCGACUACCCCAAGAAGGGUGAGAACGUCGCCAUCCACUACACGGGCUGUCUGUAUGACCAGAGCAAGCCAGACUCCCACUUCAUGGGUGCCAAGUUCGACAGCUCCCACAACCCCGGCCGCGGGCCCCUCGCGACCCCCAUCGGUGUCGGCCGACUCAUCAAAGGCUGGGAUGAGGGUGUGCCGCAGAUGAGCCUGGGCGAGAGGGCCAUCCUGACCAUCAGCAGUGACUAUGGCUACGGUCCUAACGGAUUCCCCGGCCUGAUCCCUCCGAACUCGCCUCUGGUCUUCGAGGUCGAGCUCCUCAGCAUCAACGGCAAGAGUGCCUAA